AUGCGAUUGUUGCAGGGCGCCGGUUAUCGACCUCCAGGUGGCUUUUCUGACGAGGACGGACGCGUCAGCAGUCUCAGGGAAAGAUUCAGGGAUCAGGGGAAUUCGCCUGAGGCAGUUGAAACCUCUGCGCUGAGAGCAACUAUAAAGGGUGCCCGAGCCUCCUACGGAAUCGCUGGCACUUCAUGGCCCUCACGUUUCAUGUGGGCAACUUCAACCCGUGGAAGCCGUGGACGCCGCGGCACCCCAAGUCAUUCUCACCGCGCAAAUGCCCCAAUUCCCGCACCCCAGAAUCCAGAAAAACCCCCUCCCCCUCCCCCUCCCCUUUCCCCUCCCCUUUCCCUAGCCCCGCGUUGUGAUGUCUCCCCCAACACCCUGCUACCCCCCAAGCAUGGCCUUCCUUCGAAGCCGCCGGCCGAAGUUUGCGUGCCUAUCAGCGGUAAUACUCAGCCGUGUGCGCCGUUGAGCUCCCCCUCCCAACCAGGAGAGAUGUCUAGACCACCACCCAGUUCGGAGAAUCCCCGGCAUGGCGUAGCAUCUCUCUGUGAUCUGGCACAUCAUAUCCGGAAUUCGCAUCCCACCCCUGCCUGUGAUGUCCAAGAUAGUAUCUCUGAUACGCCGACCGAACCGCCUCCCCUUGGGAGAGGCGCCACAGGGGCUGAUUCGUCGUCGCCAAACAUAACCAGCUCAGAUGGUAGCUUAGAAGACUUCUGCAGGCUCCCGGAUCUCCAGAACAACAUCCCCAUUGACCCAGCGAUCCUUGCCGACGACGCGCCUUGGGACAUCGGCGACCUUCACCUGCCUAUUCACCCCGCCCGUUGCGGCACUGUCGUUAAUGUGCCUUGCUACUACAGCACGAGCGACGACUUCCUCAGCGACGAACAGUCCACGGGACGCAAGCGGGGCCGACAGCAACCAGAAGAACCGGUCGCAAAGCGGCUUCGCGUUGCCUAUGCAUCGUCUAUGGAAGGUUCCUCCACAGCCCUUCGUUCCCAUUUCCUGUCGCUACAGCUCGACGAUCGUCUGCAGUGCUCUGGCGAGUUGCAUGCCCGACUCAGCGCCGGCAAUAAGGGGGGUAGACGAGAGUGUGCGGCCAGCCGGCCGCUCGGCUCCUCGCAAGGUUGGAGAAAGUCAGCGUGGGCGCGGCGAGGGGACAAAGGGCCACAGAGACAGGCUGUGGUGAUGGCUCCCCGAGGAUUACGCACGGCUCCUGAGCAUGAUGGAGGAGCGCCGACCCUGGCCGGAGAUAGAGAGGUGUUUUCCGGAAAGGACGGAAUCGGCGCUGCGCCAGCGGGCGUCUACGCUUCGGAAACACGAGAGGGGAAUGCGUACAGCCGAAUCUGCAACCCCGGAGUCCCAGCAGCAUCUGCCAGCCCCGGAGGUCUCCUUAUCUUUCUCCUCCUCGGGGGCGACCCCAGUUCGGCACAGGUAUAUAUAACCGGAGAAGGCAUGCCACCUGCCCAUCGCACUGCCAUGCGUUCCCCUCUUCUACUGUACUCUAUCCGCAGCCACGGCCGAAUGAUACCUACGCUCUUGUCUCUAUUGUUGGCUGCUGCGCCGUGCUUCAAUGGCUGGAGAGAGCACCCCGGGACGAGUACCCCCGUUACUAUCCCCAUUUCUUGGUAUACACAGAGGGCUCCCUCCGCCUCCAGAUCCAUCGUUCUUCUCACUCUAAAACAUGACCCGAGCGUCCCCAAGUCCGGGGUUAGCAACUGGAGCAGCAUCCCGCAUCAACGCCCCUCUCCGCCGUCCCUAUAA